GCAUUCUGCUUUGGCACCUCACUCUUCCAACCUAUUUGGCAUGGCAGUAUUGACAUAUCAAGAUGUCUUGUGGUGUCAGCUAAAAGGAGAGUAUGGCUGAAAUGGGGUGCACUGUAAGCUGCCAACAGAUGAACAGUUUCUCUGAGAUUGUUCUGAGUGUUUGACUCACCAGGGCUUUUUUUCUUACAACAGUCCAUCUGCCUGGACUGAGUGUGUUGCAAUCAGCUAUUUUAACAGUACACAGUUUCACAAUGAAGUUUAAUUUGGACAUAAAAGAGGAAGCAAGUUCAGCGUGUUGCAGUUCAGUCAGUUAUAAAACCCCCUCAUCUCCUAAGGGACUUCCUUUCUAUACUUCUUUGCUCUAGAGGAUUAGAAGUAAAACAGAUGUUAUCUUAGAAGUGUCAUUAAAAAGGAAAUAAAAACAGAACAUUGCAUUUUGGGGUAGGACAGACUCACAGGAAGCUUCCAACUAGUUAGAAGACAUCAAUUUUUCUGUACCUGGUCAACUCCUGUAUCUUUGGAGGAUGCUGUCGGAAGGUUACCUUCACAGGAUCACCUACCUUUGUGAAGACCUGAACCCUGCGCUCUACAAGAGUCUGCCUGAUGAAGGGGUGUAUGAAAUGAGGCCCAUUAAAUAUUCUGCCGCAGGUGAAGCACAAGGAAGAAGCCUCCUUCAGAGAUGCAGAUCUGCUGGCAAGUGCCUUUCCUCAGUCUGCUCUAGAGGAAGCAAGCACAGCAGAAGGCAGAAGGAUAAUCUCCCACAGCCUGUGCAGCGCCCAGCGCCCACGGGGCAGCCACCUCCAGCUACACACCCCUGUGAGGAGCUGACACAAAAGGUCACCUACCUGGUUCCACCUUCCUGCAAGAGCAUCUGCAAGAACUACAACGAUCUGCACAUAGCUGGGGACUACGUGGUGCCCAUCAGCUCAGUCAGCACAGAUUUUGCUUGUGACAGUGGCAUUGGCCCCUUCUUGGAGUCGUCGGAGAUCCCUCCGGCCCUGGAGUCGGUGCAGGCGCCCGCGGCCCCCCGCACCCUGGGCAGGCCGGCCCAGGGCCACUCGUCGUGCUGGCGCCUGGCCAGCCUGGGGCCCCACCCGCAGCCCCUCUCCGACUCUGCCCUCAACGAGUACCUGGAGCAGAAGCUGCUGGAGCUGUACAAGCAGUACAUCAUGGACAGCACUGCAAACACGGCAUCCCCCACCCAGAUCCUGGCCUCGGAGCUGAUCAUGACUAACGUGGAUCAAAUCACCAUGCAGAUAUCCCGGGAGAGGAACAUGGAGACUGGCAAGGCCAAAGACAUUGUCAUUACCCGCUUCUUGCAAAUAGCCAGUGGCAAGAUUUCCUCAGAAAUGAGCACACCUACUCUGCAUAUUUCCCAAUAUAGUCACAUUAAUGCUUAGUGUUUCAAUGUUAGAAAGUUUUUAUGUUCUUCAAAGUCAGUUUUUAAGUUUGUUUUUUUUUUUUUUUUAAAGAUACCUCCUGCUUAAUAAAAAUGCAUUCACCAUCCACUACUUACAUAAAACCUUUCAGCACACAUUAAAUAAGUAAAGCUACCUGUACUACCA